CGCACGCAUUAAGCAGACGGGUGCAAACCGCAGUUACUGCCACAGCAGCGAACAACGCGUGCUUUCAAAGACUGUAGAGAACACAGCGAUGUCUGAUUCUCAGGAACCGCCGGCUAAGAGGGCGCGGCUGGAGGCGGACGCUCCUUUCACUGGAGUAUCCUCCUUCGAUGCGCCAGGCUCGCCCGUCGAUGAUAUGGACUACGAUUUCUACGACACUACGCCUGUCAAACCUGCCGCGCUUUCUGCACCACAUGAUGGACCAUCAGCGUCGCUCACCGCGACUGCACCUGCUCCAUCGAGCUUCUCUAUGCCAGGACUCGGCUCCCUGGGCGACACCACCGUCACACAGCCAACAGCUCAGAUCGACGCAGACACUGUUAUGAACACCGCGGUGCAUGACGAAGGCGAGCUCAAAGAUGAGGAGGCCUUCAACCAUGAUGCGAGCGCAGUCGAGCCGCCUCUGGCCAAUCAGCUGCAGGCCCUGAACGAGGCUCCACAGCACGGUAAGCCGUCGCGUCCUGAGCUGCAUGCUGCGUCCCUGACACCCGCGCAAGAUGCUUCUGCAACUCUUACCACUACAUCGCCCGUCUUCGAUGUCGCAGAAACCGUGACAGAUCCCGCGCCAGCCGUCGAUGCACAAAUCAAGCAGGAGUCCGAAACUGCUGCUGCACCUGCUGAAGAAGCUCAAGAGCCCACAGCAGAUGAGAGCAAAGCCGAGUUCCUUCGCGUUGGUGAAGCGAACAAAGAUAACAAGGAUGCCGAGUGGCAGCUCGACUCAGAUGCCUCAGAUUCUUCCUCAGACUCGUCGAGUUCAGACGACAGCUCAGACGAUGAGGCAGAGGACGGAGAGCUUAUGGAUCCAGAGGAGAUGGUCCGCCUGUUGAUGGCAGAGUCUGCUGACGACGCUGGCGCUACCGGCAAAGCCAAGGUGAAGACUUUGAACGAGCUUGACGAACAGUACGAGAAGCCAGACAUCAAGGUUGAAAACGAAACACAAAUCACAGAACUGGGCAAGGUCGAGGCAGUUGUCGAUAACCUUGUCCUGGUGAAGGCCAACACCUCUGGCGACUACCAGGUGCUCGAGUCUGGAUCUGCACUCUGCCUUCGAGACUUCACUAUCAUUGGAAAGAUCUCUGAGCAGAUCGGUCGCGUCGAAGAGCCCAGAUAUUCUGUUGGCUUCAACGACCCUGCUGAGAUUGCAACUAUAGGCAUCACUAAAGACACAACCAUCUACUACGUCGACGCACACUCAACAUUUGUCUUCACGGAGCCCCUGCGCAACCAGAGGCACACCGACGCAUCAAACCUCCACGACGAAGAAACGAACGAGGUAGAAUUCUCCGACGACGAGGCAGAGGCUGAGUUCAAGCGACAGCAGAAGCAGGCCAAGAAGGCCAGGCAAGAAGCAAAGAACGAGCCAGAGCCAGAGCAGAAGCCAAUACCGACCGGACCAAGAGGGCACGUCGACAAGCCUGUGUCUUACUUCUCACCAGCCAAUGAAUACCAAGGCGGUGGACUCAAGUACAGCGACGACGAAGACGAAGAUCUGGGUAUGUACAAGCCGCUGGCACGGCCAAGUCAUUUCGAGGAAAUCGUCGGACAAGGUGCACCACUCGAAGAUCGCAGUCACGUUCGCAGAGGUAUGAUGCGAGGUCGAGGCGGAUGGGGCGACCGCGGUCGAGGCUUCCGUGGUCGAGGCAACUUUGGUGGUCGCGGCGACUUUGGCGGUGGAAGAGGUGACUUCAGUGGUGGUCGAGGAGGUAGAGGAGAUGCACGAGGUGGAAGGGGUGACAGAGGUGGUGGUGAUCGUGGUGGACGUGGCAACAAACAGGCUGACAGAGGGCGACCUCAGAAUCAGCAACAGGACAGCCGUCAGAUGAGUGUGCCACGCCCCGACAACAGAUCUGCCACGUCAGCUUCACCAGCUCGACAGCAAGAGCGCCAGCAGUCCUCUCAGCCACAACACUCUCCACCGGCGAAGAGCAAGAACAAGAACCGGAAGCAGCGACAGCGGGAGAAGCGCGAGCGCGAGGCACAAGAGAAGCAACAAAAUCAGCAGCAGCAGUCGCAGCAGCAGUCACAGCAGCAGCCGCAGAAACAACAGCAGCAGCUGCAGAAACAACAGCAGCAGCCGCAGAAACAGCAGCAGCAGCAGCAGCACGCCUCACCUGCACCUUCCGGCCCAUCAAAUGCUAACUCAUAUGCGACCAACAGCAGUACAGGUUGGCCGACUCAGUAUCCACAGCCAGCAGCGCCGGCAGCUACAUACCCUCCGGCUCCAGCACCUGCAGCUGCGGCAUCCUAUGCAAACCCUGCACAGUAUGCUCAGCAGCCUGCCACGCAGGCUCAGCCAAACCAGCAAGCAAACUGGGCUGCAUGGGCACAGUGGUUCCAAGUCGUUGGCGCCAUGAGCCAGCAAGGAGCACAAGCGCAGCAGCAGCCCCAGCCGCAGCAGUAUGUGCAACCGCAGGCGCAGGCACCACCACCACCACCACCACAGCCUCAAGCUCAGGCUCAGUACGGAUACCCACAACAGUGGCAGUAUCCGCAGAACGCUGCACCGGCACCGAACACGAAUGCACAGCAGGGCAACGCUCAAGCUGGAGCUCAGUCUCUGCAAGAUAUCCUUCGAGCACUCGGAGCUGGCGGCGGCGGCCAAGCUUAGUAGAUUGGCCACCAGUAUGAUUGACCUCAGUCGUUGGAAAGAUGUGGAUGUAAGAUUAUGCUGGAUAUGUGCUCGGGAAAGGAUUACGUUCGAAACUAUGUGCAGCUAGACCAGGAAUUCGUCGAUGGCAUGGUAUGUGUAGCUUCCAGCAAAGACUACCAUACGAUAGAGAGAAUACGAUGGUCGGUGCUGACAUGGGAUUUCGAUUCGAAUAUGCAAGCGCAGGACAGCAGCGC